UUUAUUUUGAUUCCCACGCGGAAGAAAAAAAAAACUUUAAUUGAGCAAUCAGAUCUCAUCGAAUCAUCAUUGCCGAUGAAAACCAAAUCGGAAAGCUAACCGUCUCCGAUCACACACACACACACAGUGAAUGGCAUGGAACUAAUCUCAUCAUCAACAAUCACAAACUCAGCUCUCUGCUUAACCCUAAUCUCCACCAUCACCUUCUUCCUCCUCCUCCUCCACACUCCACCCACUCCCACCACUCACCCUCAUCAUCGCUCUCUCCUCUCCACCUCCCCUUGCCUCUCCUCCCAAUCCCACACCAAUGCCUACCUCUCCCUCCACUUCUGCGUCUUCAACCAAAACCUCCUCCUCACCAUCCCCUCCCUCUCCCUCCUCAUCCUCCUCCACUUCUACAUCCUCAUCACCACCGCCCACUCCCACUUCUCCUCCGUCACCACCAAGCUCGCCGACCGCCUCUCCCUCUCCCCCAGCAUGGCCGCCGUCACUCUCCUCGCCCUAGGCAACGGCGCCCCCGACGUCUUCGCCUCCGCCGCCGCCCUCCGCGGCGGCCAGUACCGUACGGGCUUCGGGGCGAUCUUGUCCGCGGGGACCUUCGUCUCGGCUUUCGUGGUUGGGUUCGUUGCGAUCCACGCGGCGCCGUUUCAGGUCGAUGCGGCGUCGUUUGUGAGGGAUGUGAUGUUUUAUUUGAUGGGGGCGAGUUUCUUGUUCUAUGUGUAUUUGAGUGGGGAGAUAUUUGUUUGGCAGGCGGUUGGGUUUGUUGGGUUUUAUGUUUUCUUUGUUGGGUUUGUGUUUUGGAUGGAUUUUGGGAGUGGUGGUGGUGUUGAGAAGGGGAAGGUUGUUGUUAGUGAGGAAGAGAAGGACUUUUUGAGAGUUGAGAUUGGUGAGAGCUUUAAAGCUGAGAAAGAGCAUCGAUUUUCCAGAGUUUUGAGGCUUUAUGGGAAGAUCUCAAGGAUGUGGGAAACUCCUGUAUCAGUUCUUUUGUUGCUUACGAUCCCAAAAACUUCUCCUUCUGAAUGGUCCAGGUUUUACCGGUCUGCCAACAUUGUUUUCUGCCCUCUUGCCCUUUUGUACGCUUGCAACUCAUUUGUACCAUUAAACCAUCCAAUCUCAUUCCUCUUCCCAAACACCCAUCUCCCACUUUGGCUCGUCGUUCUCUUCAUGACCUCUUCCCUCGCUUUCCUUCACUUCACAAUCGAAAAACAUCCUCCCAAAACCGAGCAAAUGCAUGUCAUCAUCGUCGCUUUCGUAAUGAGCGUUUUCUGGAUAUCAACAAUCGCUGGUGAGCUCCUCAACUGCUUGGCCGCGCUUGGAACCCUCCUCGAACUACCUCCGGCGCUACUCGGCCUAACCGUUCUAGCUUGGGGAAACUCUGUCGGUGACCUUGUUGCCGACGUUGCAGUUGCAAAGGCGGGUCGACCAGCUAUGGCCAUGGCUGGUUGCUUUGCGGGCCCAAUGUUUAAUAUGCUUGUUGGACUUGGAACGGCCUUGGUGAUGCAAACGGCUAACGUGUAUCCAAACGCUUACGAACUUGGAUUCCAUGUUGGUAUUGUGAUCGCUUUCGUCUUCUUGUUGCUUAGUCUAAUGGGAUCGCUGUUGGUUAUAACCUGGUCUAGAUUCCGAGUUCCGAGAUUCUGGGGGGUCUGUCUUGUAGGACUCUAUGUAGUCUUCACGUUUGUUAGUUUGAUCAUCGCCACGUUUUCAACCUGAGCACAUGCUUAAAGUCUGUGCUGCUGAUUAUAUAAGCUUCACUAUUGUUGUUGUGAUUGUCUGUGAGGCAGAUUAGUAAAGGUUGAUAGAUAGGUAAAAUUACAUGUGAAGAGCAAAGAAUAUGCAUAUGAAUUUUUUGGGAGAAGAUUGUAUUCCUAUUUUCAGAAAGUUAAUAACAAACAAAUAUUCAUUGUUCAUACUACAUUUGGUUAAGUGAACCGGUUCCUUUCUC